AGUUGGUAUAAAUCUGUAUCUAUAGUUCUGCUAUCUUUCCAGAGCUACAGACCUAAUGAUUCCAACUGCUUAUAAAAACAUUUGUGUUUGAGGUGUCAGCAUAUUUCAUAAGUAGGUUCAUCUUAUUUCCUUCCCAGACCUGCCCUCCAGAUGAUUUUCUUAAACUGCAAGUCUGACCAUCUCACUGGGCUACUGCCUAAAUUCCAGUGGGUCCUUUAGGGAAAAAUACAAAACUCUCAUUUUGUAUUUAAAACUCACCAGUACCUGGUCCCAACAUAUCUUUUCAGCCUUAUUUUAUUUCAUUUCAGUCCUUUUCCCAAACUUUAUGUUCCUACCCUAACUGGAUUUUGUGCAGGUCCUCACAAAUAACAUUCAGUUUUCUAGCUCCAUGCUUUUGCAUUGACUCUCCCCCAUGCCUCAACCUCUGCUUCUAAGAAAGGAUUAACUCUUUUUUGAGAUUUAAUGCUUUGUUGAAAGAAACAGUCAAGUCUUUUUACAUUGGCUCUUUGGACAUAUUCUGCUAAUGUUUUUCAAAUUUCUAAUUUAAUUUGAAUAUCAUCAUGGGAGGAGCUGUGAGUGCUGGGGAAGACAAUGAUGAUUUAAUUGACAACUUAAAAGAAGCUCACUACAUUCGUACUGAAAGAGUGGAGCAAGCAUUCAGAGCUAUUGAUCGAGGAGAUUACUAUUUGGAAGGCUACAGGGACAGUGCUUACAAAGACUUAGCUUGGAAGCAUGGAAACAUUCACUUAUCAGCACCUUGUAUUUAUUCUGAAGUAAUGGAAGCAUUGAAACUUCAACCAGGAUUGUCUUUUCUUAACCUGGGAAGUGGAACCGGAUAUUUGAGUACAAUGGUGGGCUUAAUUUUAGGUCCUUUUGGAAUAAAUCAUGGAAUUGAGCUUCACUCAGAUGUGGUGGAAUAUGCCAAGGAAAAACUCGAGAGCUUCAUCAAAAAUAGUGAUAGCUUUGAUAAAUUUGAGUUCUGUGAACCAGCAUUUGUGGUUGGUAACUGCCUCGAGAUAGCAUCUGAUAGUCAUCAGUAUGACCGGAUUUAUUGUGGAGCUGGUGUCCAGAAAGACCAUGAAAACUACAUGAAAAUAUUAUUGAAAGUGGGAGGUAUUCUUGUCAUGCCUAUAGAAGAUCAGUUAACUCAAAUUAUGCGAACUGGACAGAAUACCUGGGAAAGUAAAAACAUUCUUGCCGUUUCGUUUGCUCCAUUAAUACAACCAAAUAGGAAUGACAAUAGCAAACCAGAUUCAGUGGGAUUACCCCCAUGUGCUGUCAGGAAUCUACAAGACUUGGCUAGGAUUUACAUUCGGCGUACACUUAGAAACUUCAUAAAUGAUGAGAUGCAAGCCAAGGGUAUUUCUCAGAAGGCUCCUCCCAAAAGAAAAAGGAAGAAGGUUAAACAGAGAAUUAACACAUACGUAUUUGUGGGCAAUCAACUUAUUCCUCAGACUCUAGACAGUGAGGAUGAGGAAAAAAUGGAAGAAGAUCACAAAGAAGAGGAAGAGAAAGACCAUAAUGAAGCCUUGAAGCCAGAGGAACCACCUCAAAAUCUAUUGAGAGAGAAAAUCAUGAGAUUACCCCUGCCUGAAUCUUUAAAAGCAUACUUGACAUACUUUAGGGAAAAAUAACUCAUGUGAAGUAGAAAGGAUGCCUACUGAUAAUUCCUUUAUUCUUGAAAAUGUAGCAUUUGUUAUAAGUAGAUCAACAGAUACAAUUGUGGCUUUCAUUAAGACAGAAUUACAAUGAAAAAGCAUCGCCAAUUUCUGUCUUAGAAUAAGGAAGACUUAAAUUUAAUAGUGAAAAUCCCUUUUAUAAAAUCUAUUUUUCUUUAAAUUUUGAAAAAAAUGCUGUUUUAACCUAGAGAGGUAUUCCAAACUAAUCAAGAUUUUGUGCAUGGUAAAAAAAAAAAAAAUUAAUCCUAACAAAUUUGUAUUGGGUGAAGGGUAGAUGAAAUUUUAUAUCUGCUUAAGUAAUAAUUUGUUUAUGUAUUCUGGUUUGAGUGGCUAUUGUUGGCAUUUUUUUCUAGGAAAGAUUUUAAAACGUGAAGCCCUACUUCUAAUAGUGUCAGCAAACUCUUUGUAGACUUAUUUACUAUACUUUUGUUGCAAUCAUUAUUGCUGGGUUGUUAUAGAUGUAUUCAGGGUAAUACAUAAGUGCAAUAACUGAGUACAGAUACUGAAUAAGUUGGCUUUAAUAAAAAUACAGUGUCUCUGGUACAGACAGCCCUGCUACUUUUGUAUUUGUAGCUACUGCCAAAAGAUACAGGGGGUGGGAAAUUACUGUUUCUCUCAUAGAGACAACUUAUGGGAACAUCAUGCUAAUAUUAAAGCAAAUAAUAGAGUUAAUGUAGCUCUUAGUUUGUAUGAAUAUGCUACAGUUUUAAAAUGAGAUCCAGUUCUUGAGAAUUUUAGAAGAUCAUAUUGAGUUCCUUUUUAGUUCAUGGCAUAGUUAUUACACAUUUGAUAAAGAAAAAGUGAUUGUUCUACAUUUAAUAUUUUAAUAGAGUAGGAAAUGAAGAAAUAUUAGCUGUUCUUUAUUAGAUCAUUGUAAUAGCAGGGCCUAUUAGUUUUGUUAAGCAGAUGCACUUUAGUAAGUGGAACUUAAACUUCUGAGUAUUUUUAUUUUACAAGGUAGGGCUACGUGGGCGUUUAUAUGCUUCUGGACACAACUUUCAAGUAUAAAACAAUUUUCACAGAGAUCUUAAUACAUUCAUUUGUUUUUUGCUUUUGUGUAUGUAUGUAUGUGUGUGCGUGCAAAUUUAGGUUAAGAGCCAUAGGAUAACUUGGGACCUACAGUGUGCUCAUUGGACUCCUUUCCUUUUUUUUUCUUUUUAUUUGUUUGGAAAAGUUAUUGGAAUUUUCACCUUAGCUUAUGGAUUGCCCCCCCCCCUUUUUUUUAGCCUGCCUGAUGUUGGAAUCUUAGUUGUGGCAUAUCAGUGAAAAAUUAGUUAGAAAAUUUAGUAAAAUGUGUUGUAAAAGCCACUAUGAACAGAAUUAUUUUGUAUAUUGGGCCCAAUGGAAGUCAUUCCUUAGCAGGAAAACUUGCAUGUUAAGUAAUUACUACUGAAAUGAUAGUAUUACAUCAAUUUUAUUUUUAAAUAAUGAAACACAGUACAUUGCCCUGUUAUUACCACCAGCAGCAUCACAGUUUAAAUAUGUACUGAUUUUAUUUGCUUAAGGAAACUAGCCAAUAUGAACAUGGUAUAACAGGUUUAUUAUCUGCCUAUAAAGUUUCAAACAUUAGUAAUAACACAUAAAUAUACAAAUUUAGCUCUACUGUACAUAAUCUAAAAUUAAGUAUGUAGAGUUUUAAGUUUCACUUGCCUACUUCACUUGUUUCACUUAUAAAUAAAAGUAUCUUAGUGAUACUUAAAAGGUAAUUUCCCGAAAGAUCUAUGUUUUGUAUCUGUGAGGGAAUAUAGAUCUUCAUGGUCUUUCAACAAAAUUGAAUAAACUAUGUAAAUGCUAUUGGAAAAUAAUAUUCUAGCAAAUUUUAUUUACUAGAAUUACACUUACAGUUUUUUUUAAAUAGGCAGUUAGUUGCAUUUAGAAGUUUUUAUAAGCAGUAGUAUAUUAGGGCAAAUUUUGAAAUAUUGCUUAGUUAUCGGGUCUUUUCAUUUGGAUAUUUUAUUUCUGAUAAAGUUUAAAUCUUAACUUCCAGUUGCCCACCUAUUUUCUAGAUGAUGUGGGGAAAUUUACAUUUUGAUCCUUAUCUUUUUUUUGGAGCCCGAAGCCAAUAUGUAAAAGUACAAAGAUGUUCAUUUUAAUGAUCACCUCUUCAAGAAGAAAGCUUUCUUAAAGGAUUGCAUGUGAAGACUGACUUUUUUUCAUUGCAUUUCAUUAUGUUGUAUACUUGAUAAGAUGGAUAAUAGAUAAGCAGGAUUACUCUGUGUUUAAUGUUUGUCAUUGAAAUUUUUUUAAAGGUGCAUUCAUUUUACAUUUGCAAAUUUAUUGCCUUUAAAUAAAGACUUAGAAAUACAAUAUUAAAAUUAAAA